AUUAGUUGACUUUGUUUGUUGACUAGUUUGUUGACUAGUUGGUAUCGAUAAACUAUUUUUAGUAUUUUUGAGGAAGAAAAAAGAGAUUUAGCCAAAAAAAAACCCAGUAGUUAUAUACAGAGACUUAUAACAGCCCAUUUAUGUAACCAGCCCAUGUCCAACAAAGUCUUUUUCAGCCCGUUGAAAUUAAAAAACAUCCAACACUCUAAACUUCAAAAACAUAAAAACUAUCGGUACGUCUAAAAUCAAAGAUCCAAGCUGAGUCCUUGCUGCAACUACAGAGCUUGUAGCAAAAUGGAUUUGAAAAGAUCGGUAAUCUGCCUCUCCACUGUUUGUGGAAUUAUAUUCUCGGUACAACAUUUCUAUGACAAUGAUGGACGACUAAAAGCGGUGCGUUCCUGUGCAAUUGAAAAGCAUGUGGCAAAGAUUGUGGAACAAGAAUUCAAAGAUCAGAAUUAGGUUAAGAUGAAUUUCUUUUGUAAACAGGCUAAGGGCAAUGGCAUCCAAGGUCAUGCCUGACCGUUUGCAAAAGCUGUACCGGGGGACAACGGUUGAGGGUAUUAUUAAUAUGGAGCAGAAAACUGGCAAGGUCACAGAGGAUUUUGUUCAGCAGUCUGGAUCUGUAGUAGUUUUCGUAGCCACUGUGAAAACGGAUAUCAUUGCAAAAAGCGAAUGGGUUUUUGGAUAUGUUGCCGGUGUUGCUGGAUUGUAUUUUUGUUAUAAAAAUGGGGAGACCUCCAGACUCAGGGAGGAAGUUGCAGAGCAGAACAAAAUCAUUGGACGGUUGGUAGAUGAUGUGGGGAGGUGUGGUCAAUUGCAGAGUGCAUGCUGGAAUCUCUUUCCCCGUUUUGCAGAACAGGUUUUGAAUAUUAAGCCAGGGACAUAGUUUUAUUGAGGAUCGUCUAUGUAGUUAUUUGAGGAUCAUCUAUGUAAGCAGGUUGUGAAUAUGAAGCCAUGGAAAUAGUUCUAUUGAGGAUCGUAUAUGUAGUUAAUUGAGAAUCAUCCACGUAGUUACUUGCUGCAUUACAGACAAGAAUUUCCCUCUUUUGCUGUUAUGUCUGAUAUUUUGAAGAUAUAAAAUCUCUAGUUUGUA